GGUAACGAACGGUCCAACGGGUAUUUCUCGAUUGUUGUGCAAUUCGAUUUGUAUUCAGAGUCGAAUAAAUGACACGCGAAAUUGAGCACUCAAGUUGUGUAUCAAUGCUUCUCGAUUUAAUGGCAAACCGAAUCAAGGUUUGGUGUUUGUGUGUGCACGGAAAUGAAUAAAGUGAAAAAAGGAAGGUGUUAUUUUGAAUGAUGAAUUUAAAAAAAAAUUGUUGAAAAUUAUCUUCCGUUUGAGUGAUUUAUGUGAUAAAAAUUGUUCCGCCAAAAACAUUUCAACAGCAUUGGCAAGUUUACUCAACGAUUACGGUGGAAAGUGCCCCCAUAAGAGAGUGUGAGAUAAACAGGAUAUUAAGCCAGGAAAAGUGAAAAAAAUUACGCACAUUAAACAAUUGGAGGUGGAGAACAAAUAUCCAAUUAUAAUUACAGGUGCUGUUGGGUUUAUACACAGUGAGUGCGUGUUGCCAUAAAUGUGAAACGAACAUCGUUCGCAAUUUUACACGAAUAUCAAGCUACUGUACUCCAACCACAGUACGAACGCAAUUUAUUCAACCGACUUCCAUUCAAAAUAACUGUUCCGUGUGUUGCGUAUGUUUUGUCAAAAAUUCAGUGCCGCACAUUAAUUCCCAAUACAUCUCGAUUAAGCCAAAAGUAAAGUCGUCAAGGUUAGAAUACGGAAAAAAUCCAUUAACUGGAUUUUCGAUCAGUUUCGAUCCAAAAAAAAAAAAACAUUUUCCAAUAAAGCCAAACAAGAAACGGAAAAGAACAACAUCAUCAUCAACAACAACAACAAUGCAAGUUUAAUGUGGGUGGCUUUGUGAUUUAUACAUUUUUGUCAAGUCUAAUGCUCAAUUUGAAAAGAAGAGAGUGAGGAUUUUUCAGUGAUUAUUUUUGAGCGCAUAACCAAUAUAAACUGAAUUAUCCGGUGCAAAAUCCUGUACGUGACUGAAUUUGUGCAACCAGCGAAUUACUAUUUUUUGUGUGAUUAAAUUCAACAUCAAAGCGACUAACGAACGCAAAAACAGAAAGAAUAGAACUUAGUGAUCAGCAGAAAAAAAACACAAAAUUUUGUUGCCAAAGUAAAUUAUAGUAUGUGUGCUGUUAUUGGAACACAGCGAAUUUACUGCUCGGAAGGACGAAAGUACGAAAAUAUACCAUUGACUCAGCAAAAAAGCAACAAUAGUUCAACCAACAAAGUAGAACAAAGCUGGGAUUAAAUUGAUGAUCCAGAGAGGAAGAGGUGGUGAACUGCUGAAAAUCCGCAUCAUACGGUUCACAAAGUGACACCACGUUUUUCAUUGGUUGCUCUUAACAUUCAAUAGACGACAACAACAAAAAGGAAAGCGAACGAUGAAACAACGAUACAUUUAAACAAACUAAAUGCUGUUCUGUACCGAACAAAAAUUGCAUGACUAGACUCUGUAAUAACAUUAAAACGUUGCACAUAUACACCCACCACCAAAAAAAUAACCGACAUAAAUGAAGACGAAGUCGACAAUGGUAGAACAACGUUCAACAUAGGGAAAAACUCCGUUGCAUCAAUUAUCUCUCUGGAACUUUGGUAGUGGUUUAAUUCAGUGUGUCAUUUCAGUUGCGUUUAAUUGAGUAUCACUGUGGAAAUUAGAGGAAAUUUUGAAACACUAUUCAAUCUUUUUUGUAAAUGUGAAUCUUUUUGUGUUAUGUAUACGCGAUCCACUUCUUCUUGAAACGAACUCAAAACGAAAGAAACCACAAAACAAUUGCUCCCAACGCAUUGUUCUGUACACAAAACGAAGAUUGCAUAUGAAUGCGUCAAAAAUUUGUUGAAACAAUUUUAAUCAUUUUCCUCAAGGAUGUUUUGUGACCACUUUGAAAGUUCGAGCUUAGUGAACACAUUCAAAUAAAUGAAAACAUUUCAAACUUUUGCAGUCUGGUGUCGGUGUACAUUUGUUUAUUUGAAUAACGCGGUCCGAGUGAAAAGAACAGUCUCCAAAGUGAAAAAGUGAAGUGUCAAAUAAAACUGAACAUUAAACUGUUUUUUUUUUGUUUUCGAUAUUAAUUCGCAAAGAAACAUCGUCAACGAAUGAAUAAAUAAUGAAAAAAACAGACGAGACAGUUAGUAUAAUAACAAAAGAGAUUCCAUUUAAUGUUUAAUGAACAUUCACAAGCUGAAAUUGCGAAUAAUAAAACUCGAGACAUAAAGCCAAGUAAAUUAAUCUAAAUUCUUUUAAGCAUCAUUCAAUUUGUAAAAUUCUUAUUCAUCCGAAUUGAAUGAUUCAAUCAGUCGAUAGAGGGGAUGAUAUAUAGAGUAUUCGAUUGAAAAUGUCAAUUUUCGUCUUGAAGCUCACUUAGUCGAAUAAAAAUUCAAAAUUAUUUUUCGAAACUCUUUUGUACGGCCAAAGGUAAAUACACUCAAAGCAUCGUUUACCUUUUUUCCAUCGAAUGGAAUGAGUAAAAAAUAAAGUUCUUCAAAGUGUAAAUGAAGUGGAACACGACCCGUUUGAAAAAGUCAAUUGUGUCGCAGUCGCGAUAAGGUCUUUGUACAUUUCUGCUCAGAUCGAAUGUGUUGAGUGAACAACAAGCAGAUAGAAAAAGAACAAGACGAAAAAAAGCGCAACAAAGAAAAACGACAAAAGAAAAACUCAAAAUUCAAGACUAAACAUUCGGUAAAUUUGUGUCGCAGUGUGGAAACAGUGAGAAACAUCGCCCAAAUAGACAAAAUCAUGUACAACAAAAUGGCGUCAAUUGGACUGGCGCUGCUAUUCCUAAUGCUCUAUUCAGGCACUUGUUUUGGUAGUUCGAGGCGAUUUUUAACUGAUUUUUUGCAAGAAUUUCCAACACCGGGCACCGGACCAUAUUUUGAUUCAACGAUACCUAGUAACAUUACAGGCUUAGUUGGAAAGAAUGUACAUUUAGUAUGCAAAGUCAAAAAUCUCGGCAAUCGAACGGUUUCAUUUGUUCGGCAUAGAGAUAUACACCUCCUGACAGUAGGCCGGUACACAUACACAUCUGAUCAGCGAUUUGAAGCAUUACAUUCACCGCACACCGAAGAAUGGACGCUAAGAAUUCGAUAUGCGCAACGAAAAGAUUCAGGAAUUUAUGAGUGUCAAAUUUCAACCACACCGCCAAUUGGAAAAUUCAUUUAUUUAUCCAUAGUUGAACCAAUAACUGAGAUUACUGGAGGUCCGGAUCUGUUUAUCAAUAAGGGUUCAACGAUAAAUUUGACCUGCAUUGUUCGCUUUGCACCAGAGCCGCCCCCGCAAAUGGUUUGGUCCCACAACUCUGAAGUAAUAAAUUUUGAUUCGCCGAGAGGUGGUAUUUCAUUGGUAACGGAAAAAGGCCGUCUCACCACCAGCCGUCUGCUCGUACAAAAGGCCAUCCAAAGUGAUUCUGGAAUGUACACGUGUGCACCAUCCAAUGCCAAUCCAAUUUCAGUUCGCGUUCACAUAUUGAAUGAACAUCCCGCUGCAAUGCAUCAUGGCACAUCGUCAAUACAGCAUCAACCACCAAUUCUACUGCUAUUGGGCACUUUAACGAUGCUGAUGGUGCCGUAUAUCUAUCAAAAAAUACGACGAAAAUUCGAUAUAACCGAUGGAAUUAGUUGCUAAGUGAUGAACGGCAACGUCCGCCAGCCCUUGUUCCCAUCAUGGUGCCGUGUUAAUACUAAAAAAAAUUUAAAUAACAAAAAAAAUUAAUCAAAUUAAUAUUGCCAUUAAAAUUAGACAAGAGAUUAGUAAAUUGAAACCAAAAUAUUGAUAUAAAAUUCACACACAGAUAUGAACGGAUAAGAGGAAAAUGCCAACUUCGAAUCAUUCAUGGGUCGUGACAUCAGAAAGUGCAAUCAUGACAUUUUAUUCUUAUCCAUUCAUAUUGAGUUUAACGGAGAAAUGAGCUGUUUUUUCUAUAUACAAUACAAUAUAACAUAUAUUUAUAUUUUUGUUUUGUUAAAUUUCAUCAUUCUGUGACCGUUCGUUGAUUUUUUGAUCGUACGUUUCGGUUCUCUGGUGUAGGUAUUUAGUAUUUUGUGGUAUUUUGAUUGAUAUAUCUCUGUCAUGUGUUUCAAUGUAUAAAACAGAACGAAAAUUAACCAACACACAAAAACCGAAAAGAAUAACGCACAUGAAAAAAGACCAACAGAAAAUCACGUGUCAAUCAGCUUCAAACGUUAGCACGUGACACUACCACGAUAUGUUGAUCUUUUUUUUUCAAAUUAACAUCCACCACAAAAUAUAGAGAGUAUACAGAACUAUUUAACAUAAUAAAAACUAAUUUAUUUGCUAAUUAAAAUUGAAUUUAGUAUAAAAUACAUAAAUACGAACUAACAAAUAAAUCUAUAGUAAAAACGUAAUUGUAAUUAAUAAAAAAAAAUAUUUUUAACAACCAUAAAUUAUUAUACUACAUAUACACACAGCGCGCGUGGAUUAUGGAAAGCGUUCCGAAUCGAAAAUCAAUCAGAAUUGGUUGAAGGGACGCCAGCAAACACAAAUAUAAUAAUAAAACUGGUUUAUUAUGAUAUUAAAACUUCAAAUCAUUUGAAACAUUUAUUUUAACAUUUGUUCAGUGGUUCAAACAAUGUAGAUACAGUUGAUGCUGACAGAAUUCAUCGAACAAACGACGACUCUAGUCAAAUGAAGCAUGAAAUUAGGAAAAGUUUUCAUUGCAAUAGUUAAAGUUUGUGUUUUUAUUUCGACAAAGAACAAAAAAAAUAUAAGACAGAACAAAGUUCAAUAGACGUUUUGCGUCGUCAACGUUUAUGCCCAAAUGACGCAAAAAUGAAUAUCACUAUUUAUCGAAAUGCAUCAGUACGAUAAGUUUUUGUUGAGUUCACACCGGAGUUUUGCCAGCAUUUUAAUCUCAAUACAAAUGAAUCGGUAUAUAAAAAUAUUCUUGAUGGUGCGGUUUGAUCGAUUGACCGUUGUUGACAACAAAGACACUAUAACCAUGGAAACAUCCACAUUUUCACCUCAAACCGUACAUAAGUCUAGUUAUAGAUUGAAAAUAUGGUCAAAUAAGUCGAAAAAUUUGGUUUGAAUUGGCCAAAUCUACUUUUAAGAGAAUUAUUUUAAUUUCAAUUAAAAGUCUUUGAAAGAACUGUUGAUGGAUGUUGGACUUUCUUAAAACUGUUCAUAACGCAUUUCCUUUUUUGACUACGACUAACCAAAAAAACGAUGAAGAAAUUGAGACUUAUCGAAUAUUUGAAGAUUUUGACGCACUCAAAAGCUAUUUGUUGCUUUCCAUCUUAGCAUUUGGAAACUAUCUAUAACGUUACCACAAUUUUCUGCAAAGACUUUUCCAAAUAAAAGCUGUUUGCGAAAAACUAAAGUCGAAAAAGCAUGUGGAGGCAGCAGUAAGAGUAAAACCCACAAAUUAAUUAUCAAAGUGCAUGAGAAAUAUGCACAAAUGGAAAUAUCUGUUACCAUGCCACAUGUACAUAUUUUUCAUCAUCAAACCAACAAUAUGUAUAAAAUGUAAUGUAAAGGAAAUUCUUGACGAUAAGGUAAAAUGAAUCUUAAAACGAGGGAUUGGAAGAGAUAGAGAGAGAGAGAGAAUGAAGCCAAACAAUUUAUUCAAUCUAAAUGCAAACAGUUUGUAUGCAAUGCACACAUGAAAAUAUUUACUGAAGUGGUUCAACUGAAAUUCAAAUAUCUAUCUGUUGGCAUGCUCUUUUGCCUUGUGUGUCGGUGUCUGUGUGGAAAGAGAUUUGCCCGCAGAAUGACUUUUCGUCUAAAAUGACAAAUAAAUUGCAUUUUCAAAUGUUGCUCCAACAAAAAUGGCAUCUUUUUAUUUAUUUUGUAACGUUUGAGUCACUGGAUCCAAUGCAUAGAUAUUGUGAAAAGUUUUCUAUAUGGUAUACCGUAUACGUGUUAUAGUAGAUGUAUAACAUUGUUGAUUUUUUACUACCAUGGGACUUUCGAUAUUAUGAUAUGCUUGAACUUCCAUGCUCUUCGUUUCGGCGAGUGAUGAGUUCGUCAUCGACCCGCGACUUCUCUGCCCACUCUGAUGAUAACGAACAAUUGAGUUUGUGAAUCGGUGGGAUUACAGUGUUUCAGCAUGCUGCAAUGCAACUUAGUUGCACUUUACUUUGACAGACAAGUGUUUCAAUUUGUUAUAAUCUUGGCAAGAACUCUGUGAUGCUUCAUGAAAAAUUUAAUGAUUUACGACAUACAGAGAAUCACAAAGACCAUUGAAAAGUGAACUGUUUGUGAAAAGUUGCUCUUUAUGUUAAUUAGCAAAGAAACGGCAAAUUUAUAUAUACAUGUGUAUGUUUACACACAGAAUUUAAACAGAAAAUCAGUCUUUGGCAAAUGGUUCUUUUCAUGGAAUUAAUUGAAAUUCGGUGGUUCGAGUAAAGAAAAUUGUUUACGAACAGAAUCGUGACUGAUUUUAGUAUUUAAAAAUGAAAUUACUGACAACACACUGUACUUUUGACUUUUCCAUUUAAUGUGUGACGGCUAGACCAUAGCAUCAACAUCAAAAAUAAUGAAGACGGUCACCACUACAACGAACCAUAACUGCAGCACACUGACGAUAAAUGCAAAAAAAAAAUAUGAAUUAAGCAGUUAGAUUUUGAAGUAAACUUCUCUUGAUGCGCAAAUAAUUACAUUAGAGCAGCAGAAGCAAACACCAGUGAAAAUUUGUAACUGAUUGAAAUGAGUUGUUAAAUAAUGGAAAAAUAUGCAAAAUGUUGUUAAAAUAUCUGUCAGUGGUCGACAUGGGUUUUUUGUUUCUAACGUGUGGUUUUCUUGUUUGAGUUGGACUCGCUCUCUGUUUCAUCAGCAAUGAAAAAUAUUCGGUUUUACCUGCACCUUACACUGAAAUGUAAGUGAAUUUCGUUAUUUUCAUUGCACGUCUGAAAUCAUAUUUCGAGGUAAGAGUUCUACAUGAUGUUUUUUAAACUUCUUCUUGUUGCUCCUAACGAGUUAACUGGAUAAAUUGACCUAAAGCUGUACGACUUUGCUACGGAAUGAAUAGCACGCGCAGUAAUGCGAUUCAGUUGGAAGAAUUUAAUGAAAAACUUGGAUGCGAAUGAAAUGACGGCUGACUAACACUUUAAAUUUGAACAUGGCAUUCGAUGAUUGUUGAAAGCUGCCAUUAUUGGAUGAAUAUUUUCUUGCUCCUCUUUGCGAGCUGAAUGCAAAAUUUUAAGCGUCCUGGAAAGGAAAUGUUAAAUUUGGAAUGAAUAUUCAUUGCAACGUGUUAAAUUUGCAUUGUUAAUGGCAAUGAGAGGAUGUGAAGACUUCAAGUCUCUUUGAGCCGACGGUGGUGCCCCGAAUUUCAAAGUGGACGUCAAUGUAAUUCAACAACUCAAAUCGAAACUAAAGAGUGCGCCAAUUUUAAAAUUUGCUGUCAUUUCCUCCCAUUGGUUAAUGGGUACAAUUGAACGAAUUGUUACUGAUUUCUUCGAAUUGAAAUAAUUUAAAAAAUUUCAUGAAGUCUUGCUUCAUAGCACCUCCAAUUCUAGUCAAAACAGAACAAAAGAAAAACUGAAAAUUGAAGAGCUUUUCUGCAUCAGACAGAGAACAUUUUUUACCUUCAGUUUUUGAUAACGGUUGGAUUCCCUCAAACUAUUCGACCGCAUGAUUGUUAUAAGAGGAAAUCAGUUUUUUACCAGGCUUCAAUUUGUUACUUAUUCAAAUGGGAAGUACGGGGAAGUAUUUACUAUCAAAAUUAAAAUGUUUUUCAACACAAUUCAAUUCUUAUUACACGACGAUUCACAGAAUUAUGGUACAGAUUUCGACCAUAGAGUAUCAAGCUACUUACAAUACAUGAUUACGUGAAAAUUUUAUACUCAAACUUGCAUCGAAGAACAAGAAUUUUCGGAUGAAGUGAUUAGAAUACACAACAGAAAAGAGAUUUUUAAAUUUAGUUUGUGGUUGGAAUAUGUCAAAAGCAAACGUACAAUGUAAUUUUGAAGAACAAUGUUGUCGGACUUAUCAUAUCUAUCAUCUGGAUGAUGUAAUAAUAGAUUUUCGGAUAAAAUACACAUUUAUUAUAUUGUUUAUAGUACAUUCUACACCAUACAAUUUCGAUAAUUCCUGUUUUGGAAUAUUCGCAAAACAAAACCUCUUAAAUUUUCGGGAGAGUUGAAUGUCGAUUAAAUAUAUUCUAUUCCAAAUAAGAAUCUGCCAUUUUUGAGUAUCUUGAAAUCAUGAAUAGAAUACAUUCAAUUUACGUAAAUUCUAUACUUCCAAUUCACCAAAACAAAACCAAUGAAAUUUAUUUCUGAUUUUCAGUUUUCAAGUAAUAUAUUUUAUCCGGCAAACCAGUGAAACGUCUAAUUUGUUAUCCAAACUGUGUUUUACGGUUUAGAAAAUAAGUUAAAAUUGUUUUGUCUGUAUAUUUCUUGGGUUUCACUAUUACAAUCUUAUACAUUGCCAUCUUCGCGGUUUUUGUAUCCUGCACUCUCUUGGAGUUUAAACGAAGACACUGCCGUUCAAACAUUUUGUUUCGCUACACAACUGAAAUCUGAUAACUUUCCCUUGUUUAAACAUCCAAAUAUUUCGUGUUCAGUACAACUACUUGUGCUCUAGAUACAAGUAUUUGCAAUACAUGAAAGUCGCAAUGUAUUUACAUUAAUUAGAAGAGGAUAAAUGGAAAUGAAAAUACCGAAAACAGUGGUUUAUUAUUGAACGAAUGGUAAACAAAUAAAUUGCUAUGGUGUCCGGGGAAUUAACAGUCAAAGUAAUGAAAUUCAUCGUUCAACAUUAAUUGAACCGAGAGAAGUCAAAUGUUUAAUAAUAAAUUAGAAAAUUAUACACACAUUGAACUUUUAGCCAAAAAAUUAAAUGGAACGAUUGCGAUGCUCUUAAGUGUCUACAAAAUUCCAUACCAAAUGCCCUUUUAAAGACCGACCAUUUCCGUACAUAUUUGACAUUUGAGAGAUAUUAUAAAACAUAAAAUGUUUAAGUUAGAUGACGACGUGAGAAGAAUCUAUGCAAGGCCAAUAAAUACAGUUGAUCACAUUUUGGUUAUCUAUGAAGAGUUACCAAAACGAAAAUAAAUUAAAGUAAUAUAUUACUAUUACAUAAAGAACCAUUAUGUGGUCGGAUGACACAAAGAGUUUAUUUAUUUAUUGAUUGAUGAUUAUGAUUAGAAAAAGUGUUUAUAUUUAAAUAUGAAAAAAAAAAAAAAAUUAAAAACCAAAAUAUGGAUUACAUGAAAAAUUUGUAAAUAAGUUCAUUGUGAUAAUGAGACUCAGUUUUAUACUUGUUAAGUAUAAAUUAUCCAGUUUGAAAGAGUGGCAAAAAGGCGUAGAACAGCAUAAGGUAAAUGCAAAAAAUAAACAGCGAUACGAUAGACAGUUAUAGGAAAGAAUAUUGCAGAACAAAAACAAACAAAAAAAUUAUAGCCCGUUAUGUCGUAAUGGAUAAGAAAAUUAAAAAAUGGAAUAUUAUAGCUUCGUAAGACAAGAAACGCAAAUUACAAUUUCAAUCUCAUUUUGCGUUGGUGACACACUCUGGAACGGUAUUACUUUGUUGAUUGACGCCAAAACCUUUACUUUAACAAACGAUGUAUAUGCUCAAUUUUAGCACUUUGAAUGCGUGAAGUUACGAUUUAUGCACAUCAAAGAACCGUGUAACUCAAUUCCGUUUUUUUUAUUUAUCGAUUCUGUUUCUUCAUGACGUGAUGAGAAAAAUAUACCAUAAAAAUGAAAUCUUUUUUCUCCAAGAUUUCUGCAGUAUUCGCCUCAAAGGAAGUGGAAACGACGUGAAACACUUGAGAAAACAUUGAUGCAAAUCAUAAAGGAACAAAAAAAAAAUAAAUAUACAUCCAUUUUUCUAGUCAGUAAGUAAAGCGAAAGAAAAAUUCACACAAUAAAAAAUCACGUAUAAAGAUUAUAUUAUCCAAACAAAAAAAAUGAAACGAAAAAAAAUAAUAGUCAUAAAAUACUACUUUUAAGAAAAAAAAAGAAGCCGAAUGGUCAAAACUGUGUGACAAAAAUGAAUUAACACAAUGUUUAAUAUGAAUUCAGAGAGACUC